AAUUUAAAAUAAAAUUUUUAAUAGGUGGUUAUUUAGAAAAUGGAACUAUUUUUGGGUGGUAAUUUGCAAAUUUUCCUAAAAUGUAAGAUUGCAAUAAUUUUUAUAGUCCGUCCCACUUUUUGUGAUGAGAGUUUUGUCUAUUGUUUAGGAAUUGAGAUAUUUAUCGAAAUUCAUUAAUUAGGUGGAUGAGAUUUUUUAAUUUUUUAUGUGUCACUAAAUAGAUUUGAAAAAAAUGCAUGCAUACAAAAAUUUCCAAAUGUGGAUGAUAUCAUACUACCCUCAUAUUAGAUAUUAUUGCGAUUGGACGGACACGUAAAAAGUCCAAUAGUUGAACUUGAAAUUUUGCGUGCAACUUUUGAGCUUAUUUGUCAUAAGGUUGCACAAACCAUUUAUCUAUAAAUUACCCAAGCCAUGCACCAUAUUUCAUCAUCCCAUUAAAAUUUCAUAAAUAAAAAACCUUAAAGAAAAUAGAAUCCUCCCCAAUCAUGGGGGUAACAAGACCAACAACUACGUUUUUCAUCUACAUGUUUUGCAUGGUGACCUCAUUACCAUCGAUUUAUACUUCAAAAUUAUCUCCUCAUUUAAGCUCCAAUCCUCAGUCACCACUUAUGGUGCCUUCUACAAUUAUGCCACCAACCAUUGAUCCAAUUCUCCCGAGUAUCACACCUCAUCCACCAACCAUUUUAAGAGCUCUAGGCCGCACACCCAAAAAAGAUGGUGCUCUAGGAGUUGAUGGCACACCAGCACCAGAAUUUGGUACACCGAGAACUCCUGACACACCACGACAUUAUAUUACACCACAACAAAUUAAUACUACACCACGACGAACUCAUAUCACACCACAACCUCCUGUCAUACCAAGAACUCGUGGCAUUUUUAGCACAACAAGAAAAGAUGGUGCUUUAGGAGUUGAUGGCUUAUUGGGAAAAGAUGGUGCACCAAGACAACGUGGCACACGAGGAACUCAUGGAACUUUUGAAAAACAUGGAGAACCUGGCACACUAGGAACUCCUGGUAUUCCUGGCACUCCGGGAGUUCCUGGCACACCCGGACGCGGUCCUGGUGGCACACCAGGAACUCCUGGAACACCAGCAACUCCUGAAACCCCCGGAACACCAGGAACUCCUGGCACUCCAGAAACUCCUGGUACACCAGGUACACCAGGAACUCCUGGUACACCGGGUACUCCUGGCACACCUGGAACCCCUGGUAGAGACUAAGGUAGACUUCAAAGCCAGAGGAAUUAAAAAGGUUAUGCUUCUCCUAAAAUAAGUGAUAAGUGAAGAGGGUGAUAUGUCUCCUCCUAAAAUGGUGUAAAUGAUUUAAUUACCAAAUAGGGGUGAUGGCAGUGAUGGCAAUGUCCCGUUAGUAGCUUUAUCAUUUUUUAGUCCACAGAUUAGGGCUAUCCUUUGAUGUCCUUAGAGGUUUAGUGCGGAAGUUCACUCUGCUACACUCAUUAUCUUUGUAAUUUGUGUAUUUUCUAUUGUUUAAUUUUUUUUUUUUUUGAAGGAAUUCUAUUGUUUAAUUAAGUUUAUUGUACGUUGUUGUUGUUACUUAGAUUAUAAUUGCUAGUAGCAGCUUAAUUAAGUUAGUUGAUUUUUUAUUUUUUUUCGUAAAAUAAAGAGCAUGCCAAAAUUAAAAAAUUA